AUGAGACGACGUCACCCAUUCAACGCCGCCUAUGACACCGGAGAAGAACUGUUCCCCGAAAGAUGCGACGGUGCACCAGUCGGCAGCGUUGGCAUUAUCGUCGACGCGAGUUUAGUCACGAACUUAGGUAUAAUCAAACAACGAAAAACCAGAAUCGGAUGUGUACGAUUGAAGAGAUGUGGAUCAAUAGCGGCUUCGAAAACCAUUGUCGUUUACGCGCCGAUACCAAACUAUGACGGAGAAGAAAUCGAAGCGUUUUAUAUGGACUUGGAUAAGUUCCGCAGAGAAGACCACACAUUCUUCAAGGUCAUCCCUGGAGAUAUCAACGCCAAGAUUGGACCAAGAAGAACGUCACAUUGGGACUCAUGA